AGCCACAACAGCCAUCACCUCCUCCCGCUCCUCCUCUCACCCGCCGCUGUCUUCACGCCUCGCCGCUUGCAGCCGAGUUGGAGGAGGUUGAAUUGAGAAGUCGCCGAGCGGCCAGGCGCAGGUUCCACCCCGCCCGCCCGCCCGCCCGCUCGCUCGUCCGCUCUCGCCUGUUGCUGCCGCGCCUGCCAUGGACGAGUUGGGGUGCAACGCGAACGGCAGCAGGAAAACCAGGAAGCCAUGCCGGCGUGCCAGCGACCUGCGGCCAGCGCCUAAGUGCGGUGGCGGCGGAGGCUGCGUCGCGGCCGGAGCGGCCUUCCUGGUCCGGCACAAGUCCUGCCGAGACGUCCUACUGAGGGGCCUCGGCUCCGCGGCCAGCGGGGCCAUGUCGGCGGUGCAGGCCGCGAAGGCCGACGCGGCCGCCUGCAAGGCGGCCUCCAUCGACGAGCUGCUCCACACCUGCAUCGGCGCGUUCGACGAAGCGGGCGAGCCCACAGGAGACAGCCCCGUGCCACGGAUGCUGCUGCUCAUGCAUCGCUGGUUCAUCUCGUCGGCCGACCUGGCAUGCAAGCUGCUCGAGCAGUAUAAGGAGGCGACGGGGCUCGAGGGAAGCCGGACGCGCCUGCGCAUCUGCCGCUUCGUGAGGUUCUGGAUCGAGGAGUUCCCGGCCGUGUUUAAUCUGGACGCUGGGCUUGCGCGACUCAUGGAGGAGUUCAAGGAGCUGGCCUGCACGCUGGGCCAGGAGGACCACUGCAGCCUCGUCGACAUCUCCGCCAUCCCGUCGUAUGAGUGGAUGCGCCGCGUGACGCAGCGCAGCAAGCUCUGCAAGAGCAAGCGCAAGGUGUCGCUGCUCUUCGACCACCUGGAGCCGGCGGAGCUGGCGGAGCACCUCACCUACCUGGAGUUCAAGGCCUUCCGCCGCAUCUCCUUCACGGAUUACCAGAGCUACGUGCUCAAGGGCUGCCUGGUGGACAACGCCACGCUGGAGCGCUCCAUCAGCCUCUUCAACGGCGUGUCCCAGUGGGUGCAGCUCAUGGUGCUGAGCAAGCCCACGGCGCAGCAGCGCGCCCAGGUCAUCGGCAAGUUCAUCCACGUAGCCCAGAAACUGCGGCACCUGCAGAAUUUCAACACGCUCAUGGCGGUGGUGGGGGGUCUCAGCCACAGCGCCAUCUCGCGCCUCAAGGACACGAACACCCUGCAGACGCCCGAGGUCAACAAGGUUUGGUACGAGAUGACCGAGCUGCUGGCCUCGACGGGGAACUACUGCAACUACCGGCGAGCGAUGUCGGAGAGCAAGGGCUUCAAGAUCCCCAUCCUGGGCGUGCACCUCAAGGACCUGAUCGCGCUGCACGCGGCGCUGCCCGACUGGCUAGGCAAGGGGCGCCUCAACCUCUUCAAGCUGCAGCAGCUGCACGCCACCUUCAGCGAGCUGGUGGCCCUGCAGAGUGCUCCGCCGCCCAUCGAGGCCAACAUGGACCUGGUGCACCUGCUCACGCUGUCCCUGGACCUGUACCACACGGAGGACGAGAUCUACGAGCUCUCCUUGAUGAGGGAACCGCGGAAUCCAAAAUCAACACCGCUGACGCCCUCGAAGCCGGUGGUGAUGGCCGAGUGGGCCUCCGGCGUGUCGCCCAAGCCCGACGCGGCCACCAUCAACAAGCACGUGCAGCGUGUCGUGGAGUCCGUCUUCAAGAACUACGACCACGACCGUGAUGGCUACAUCUCGCAGCAGGACUUCGAGCAGGUCGCGGCCAACUUCCCCUUCCUCGACUCGUUCUGCGUGCUCGACAAAGACCAGGACGGCCUUAUCAGCAAGGAGGAGAUGUCUGCCUACUUCCUGCGAGCCAACUCCAUCCUGACGCACAAGAUGGGCCAAGGCUUCGUGCACCGGUUCCAGGAGACCACCUACCUCAAGCCGACGUUCUGCGAGCACUGCGCAGGAUUCAUGUGGGGGCUCAUCAAACAAGGCUACAAAUGCAGAGACUGCGGCGUGAACUGCCACAAGCAGUGCCGCGAGCAGUUCGUGAGCGAGUGCAAGAAGCGCUCCAAGAGCUUGUCGUCGGAGAACUGUUCGCCGAACACCUACCGCUCGCUGCCGAGCACGCCCGGAGUCAGCAGCCCCGGCAACAUGUCUGACGGAGAGGUGUUCACCUUCUCGGCGGAGGACGUGCGCAGCGGCAACAGCGACGGUCGUUCCGUGGACGGCGUGGCCGGUGACCUGAGUUCGAGUCCCGGCCCGGGCUCUGGCGCCCUUGCGCCCCUGUGCUUGCAGCGGGCGGCCGAGCGAUCUGGUGGCGGUGCGGGGGGGGCGGACGGCCAGGCGUGGAUGGAGGCGCGCCCGUGCUCGCGAUGGGACGAGCACCCCUCCGGCCUGCACACCUUCCCCAAGAUGAAGCCCAAGCGCGCCGAUGGGCACAAGUGGGGCAGCCGCCGGAGGGGGCAGCCGCUGGCGCUCGACGGGGCGGCGGUCACGGCGACGCGAGCCGACAGCACGGAGGGCAGCAGCGGCGGCGGCAGCAGCAGCAGCAGCAGCGAGGGCAGCGUGGGGCUGGGCGGGGGGCAGCACUCGCCGGCGACGGAGCAGCAGAGCAAGCACCCAUCGGCGUGUCCGUGAGGUUUCGGGCUGUGUGUCAUUCAAACGACGUAAACCCGGCGGAGUCGACAGAGGUGGCCGUGCCUGGCGCGGCGUGCCAGGACCCCAACUUCCACGUCAAAUACAGCUCCCGGAAUGUUGCCGGUUCUGCCAUCGCCCGGUAACACCGGAGGCGGCAGCUGUCGGCGAGCCACCGGCGCCGGCAAUCCUUCACCGCGAACGGCUUCCCGUCCUGGCAAUUCCAUCUCGACUCGCCGCCGUCGACAAAACAAGGGGAGGGGAGGGGUGGGGGAGGGGGGGGGGUGAGUGAAUCAAAGUGAGCACCGGCCAGCUUUGGCGCAAGCCCGAAAUCAAACUACAUCGGCCAUCCGCCGGACAGAGCGGCGUAGAGAGAAGGCCGGCCGGCUGCCCUCCGGCUGCGGGCGAUCGACUCUGUGAAGGUCAAGCGCCCGCUUCAGAAGGGAGCAGGGGGUCACCGGCGGACCGGCCGCCGUGGGGGUCGCGUCACACCGGGCGUCCGUUGACGCGACGACAAAAACAAAUUGAAUCAGGGAAUGCGGCAUUCGCCCAAGAUGCCGCAGGAGCACCGAUUGAGAGCGGUCCGUGCGCCGGCAGAGUGGUGACUUCGAGCGGGGGCGUUGGGGUUUGUGUGCCAAAAAAUAAAAAAACAACCGACAGCAUCGAAUCGCCCACAGUUUUGCGUCUCGCCGAUGCCCGAGUGCUCGGCGCCGUAGGGGGGAAAAACACUCCCGAGCGUUUGUUGCGCAGCUUCCGUGCGACGCGAGCGGUCAUACCAAAGAAUCGAUAAGGACUCCGGGUUGGACGCUGGGACGGCCUGCCGCCGAGUCGCGGGGGGGAUCUCUGUAAGUAAGCGAGCGAAGAGCACAUCUCAUCCCCGGCGGGGAGGCCUCCUGCAUAUGGGGUGCGUCGUGUAACUUUACUGCGAGGUGUUUCCGCAACGUCAACUUGUGCUUGCUUGUUGUGCGCAGGGAGCGUUUGUUUCCAAUUCAACGCAGAAGCUGGUGUCUUCGUGUUAAACGAACACAAUGUUCACGGCGUCAGUCAUUUCUUUUUGCGGUAUUGAUCACAAACAACGUUUGCGCUCGCGUUAUUUAUAUUGGGAGGUUGACUCACCUGGCGCGUUUACAGGAUUCUGUGCCUGCCACGGAGACGGCACCAGAGUCUUUCACGAUGUCCGGGUUGCGUCGCAUGCCGUUCGGCGCGACGGUUGACCUUUGGCCGCGCGUGCCGGGAUGCGGGGAGGAGUCGAAGAAGCUUCGCUGAAGCGGGUGGAGAGUAAAUGUCGGACACCGUGCCGAAGAACGCGCGGCAGAAACCCGACGACGCCGGAGAGCCGCACGGCACGACUGUGAAAACUUCCGCGGUACUUUUAUGGUUCUGUCCGCGUGCUGCCCGGGAGCGUUCCACCGAACAGAGGUCGGAGAAAACGCGAGGAAUUGGGGGGCGACUGUGUUGGCGGUGCCGAACACCGCCAACACAACAUCGUGAUCGCCGACAGCCGCGUGACAGCGACACGAAUCGUUGGCCAGCGUCGCUCCGCGAUCGGGGCCUCGGCCGAUCGCGGAGCGGUCGGGUUUUCGUGGAGCGGCGGCCUUUUGCGCGCACGACGGAAGAUCCGUCGCACGCGCGGGCCGCGGCUAGCGCGCCGCUGGGCGCGGGAGGCGAGCGGGAGCGUCCCGGGCGACCGUCGUGGAGGCAGCGGCGGUGGCGGCGUCGCUCGUCGGCUUCUGGCAAAGCCUCACCGCUCGUUGGUGAUGGAGGGCAUUUUGACGCGAAAGUCAGUUUUGACGGGUGGACAACCCGCUGGAGCGAAUGAUGUUUUGCUUGAAUCGUUGUAUCGCUGUUCAAACAGUGUUCGCAGUGGCAUUAGAACGCCCGGAUUAAUUUAAACUGCCGACGGAGUGUGCCGCACAGACCCACUUAAAGUGCCAACGUUGGGCCAACGUUGGCGUGUGGUUACAACCGUUGGGCCGACGUUGGCCCAACGUUGCACGGUUGAUGGGAACACGUGUGUUCUGUUGGGUGAAUGCACGUUCGGUUCUGCGUUCAAGACGCGGAAAAUGUAUACGUUUACAGAUUGAACUUCCCCCUUUGUGGGUUCAGAAUGCGAGUGUUAGCUCCGAACAGGGAUUGCACACAGUCUGCAAAACGUCGUUUUUGGGAGAGUUGGAAUACAUUUUGAUAAAUUAAAUAAAGUACUAAUUUAAUUUUAAUUUAAAAAAAUAACACCUUAAGAACUGAGAGAGCGCUGGCAUCGUCUGAGCGUGGAGCCUCUGCGGAGCCUCGACCGGCUCCGUAGAGGCCGGACCUCGUCGCCUGUGCCGUGUGAAUUUUAAAGCCGGUAAAUUGGGUAGUGGAGGGUGCUAAACCCUGUUUAGCCGGAGAGCCGCUCCCACUGCCCCCCCCCCCCCCGCCACCUAUGGGCUUGCACCGUCAUCGCUCUGUGCAUGCGCUCGUGGUUGCGGCUAAGCUGCCGCGUUGUCUCGACUCAUCUAACCGAGCGCCACUGUGGUCGGCCGCCUCCGAUGCGGAAGAACAAAACGGCUCCCAUAGAUUUACGACUUUUUUUAACGAAAGCACACAACGGGCAAUUCAGGUAUAGGCGACAACGAAGAGCCAUUGUUGCGUAUACAGCCAGUGUCUGAUGUACGGUGAAAACAACCCUCAUGACCGUCACGACGGUGUGGGAAGACCUCUCGUCCAGCGGUCCAUUUAAAGAGGUUCUGUUAAAAAAAUAAUUUAUUUUUGUUCAACACACCGGCGGGAAUAACCCCAAGCAGUGUGUUUCGCUUGGGACAGGCGGCAUGGCAAGAGGAGUCUAAACCCUUCGAGCGAGGUCUGCCGGGGAAACUGCCGUGCAGUUUCUAGCGGGUCGAGCCGCACGAGCUCUCCGUGGCGUGCCUUCACGGAUGGCGACACGUGCCACCCUGCGCGACGCCCCGACGUUCCGAGCGGGGGACGUCGAGCGUCGAACAACACGCGGCGCGGCACGACCGCGCAAAAAAAACGCCUUCGAUGGGACUGCCAGGAAGCCGUAGCUUGAAACUGAACGAGCCGGCGAGCCGACUGUAGGUGCCGGCGGUACCGGCGGCUUUGCGCCGCCGUGCGUGACCUGCGGUUUUGUGGGGCAACGCGGGGGUUCGUGCGGAACUGGCGACGAUGAUCAAAUUGACUCGCGGCGACCGCACCCAGGAUACACCUGCAAAUGCCUUCUUUUCUUUUGCUGCUGCUGCUGCUACUGCUGCUACUGCUGCACGUUGGUGGGACACUCACGGCAACCGUUCACAUGGUACUACUGAUGUCGCAUUGAGGCCGUGUGUGUUUUAAUGUUUAAAUGUGUUCAUUACAUAGAUUCUCAGACAACAACAGCAGCAGCAGCAGGCUCUCGGCGUAGUUGUAAACAAGCGCGCGUAAACGCCCGUGGAAGUGUUACACAGGGUGAUACAUUUAUAGAUGCCCCACCAAAACAAUCCGGAGAAAUCAUUUUUCGCCGCGUGCAGGUGGCGAGGUUGGACGAUUGCAUCGCAGGGAUUUGCCCGGCGUCAAGGUGGUGGAGGUAGUGGCGGCGCCUUGGGGCAUGAGACCUUAUAUUUUAGAGAGCAGGCAAAAGCCUCGAUAACGUCCCCCCACUAAAUCCGACGGAACUCUCCCGAUGUCCGACAAUGGCCGGCCCACUUUGGACAUCAAGCGUUGAGAGGAGAGCAAGGGGGCGGGGGGUCGUUAGGAGCACAUUGGGGUAUUUAUCAGUGGAUCACCUUGUACUGUAGUAAUAAUUAACAACGUGUAGGCUGCCUCUGUGUUUGUACAUUCAGACUGCGGUGUGUGUGUGUGUGCGUGUGUGGCAUGUGGCGCGGAGGAGUGCGGUUGAGAGGUGCGGGUAAGUGCUGCGAGCGGAAAGGGAGCAGUGGACGUAGCGAAUUAAAUGUGCAUGCCCCCCCCCCCCCCGCUUUUGCAAGUGAGGCAAUCCCAGGUCUCCCGAGAUCUCAACCUGGCUAAAAAACAACUAAACGGGGGACGUGGAGGGAACUGGAGAGAGCUAUCAUCGCGACUGCUGGAAUAUAAUAAUUUAAAUGUAUAAAUCGCCCUUAAACAGUCGUUCUCAGGGAUCAGAUUCCCACCUUGGGCAAAGCCCCCCCCCUCCUUUAAAAUGUCUAAUUGGCUGAAGAGGAAAUGGAAAAAUGUUAUUUGUCCAACAACAAUCUGGUGGAAAAAAAAAACAAGCUGAUUUAGCAGCAGGACACAUACUAGGCUAUUGGAGUUCACUGGCCUAUGAUGCGGAACGGCGAUGGGAAAACGUGAGACAGGCAAUGGAAUGGCGAAGUCCGGGGUAGCUCCGAGACCCCAGAUGGGAACAACUGGACAGACAGACGGAUGGACGAGUGGCUUUCUCAAUAUUCAGUCGUGCAUUACACACACACAC